AUGACCUCAACAGCUCCAGACCUGGCGGAGAUCUUCUCAGAUGAGUCCAGCUUCUAUGGCGACGAGAACGAGCAAGCACGACUAGAAGAGCAGGUAUCAACCUACGACAUCGAGCCAUACUGGUCAGAAUGCCAUCCUAGGCUUCUAUCAACCAUUCAAAACAAACUGCGAGCAUCUCCAAUCCCAAAAAGCGAGCCAUCAGACUCCGCCAUGCCCGACCAAGAUACAAAUGAUCCACCCAGCCGGCUUCCACUCAACAAACGCGGCGCAAAUGAAUCCGUCACCAGCUUCCUUGCCCGACUACCUCCAUCCAGGACAGUACUCCCAGGAAAGGACCCGUGGAUUUGGGCACGCGGAAAGGCAAACCUGACCACAAACCUCGAGUCGCGCGACGAGGCAACGUUUAUCCGCAAGGGUACUGAGCUACUCCGCGCAUUUGAAGACACACUUUCUGGACUACGUGCUGCGCAUGACAAGUCUGGUGCGAAGACUACAGCUGCGUUGACGCGCAAACUUACACCACUUCGUCGUGAGCUGGAGAAGAACAUAUUUGCGCUGGCGCGUGAGACCGGCGUCAUAGUUGGGAAAUGGAUGUUGUUUCCGUCACCGAGCGAGGUGGAUUCUACGUGGAAGACUCUUGUUACGGCUAUGGAUGAGGGGACUAUUCGUGCAGAUGCCAAGGUUGCGGCGGAUACUGGGUCUGGGUCUGGGCAGAGUCGUUUGAUAUGUGUCUACACGCCUGAUUUUGAGGAUAAAAAGGAUGUGAAGGAGGUGUUGCUGAUGUUGCAGGAUCAUGGGCUCUUUGAGCCGAGGGAAGGGCCGAUAUUUUACAAGUGCGAUGCGUAUACGUUGCUUGAAAUCACGUCGAAGAAUGAGUAUGGGCUCAAGGCGAGUAUGUAUUCGAGUCGGGACCUUCUGAAGUGA